AUGAGCGAUUAUUGCCGUGCAGCCGGUAGCAUUGGCGCAGAAAAAGUACAGCGGAACCACCAGCGUCAACAUAGACAAAUUGGUGAUCUUCUAUCCAGUAUCGUUGGCGAUGUUUCCUCAGUACUCUCAAGCAACGGUGUUGCGGUGCCUACGGCUAUCAUUGAGAGUGUAGCGGGUAGUGUGGUAAAUGCUUUACCCACACCUGCGAAUCCGACGAGCAUUGCGGCUGAAAUUACCGCUACGAGUGCAACAGGGGAUGCAAGCAGUACAGCGAGGAGUACAGCGAGUACUGGACCAACAUUAACAGGAGCAUCUUCAACAAGAAACGACGCCUCAAGUACUGCAUCGCAAGUACCAACAUCAUCGAGUUCUUCCGCUGCAGCGGCAUCGUCCUCCGACUCAAAUUCCGGCCCAUCAACGGGCCUAAUCGCCGGCGUGGUAGUAGGAGGCGUUGCAGCUCUGGCCUUGAUUGGCAUCUUCAUCCUCCUUCUCCUCCGCCACAGGAAGAAAAAGUCUAGAACCGCAGCCAUGAACGACAAGGAGGCCAGUGCAGCAGCAUCUUCGUCGUCUGAACACUCUCCACCACCAAACGGCGCAUAUGCCCAUGUUCCACAACAAAACGCGUACCCUACCACAACCACCCUCCCUACGCAGACCGACUUGUCCUCAACACAACCGACAACAAUGAUGUCUCCAGUAUCGCCCAUAACACCCGGAGGUCAACCACCAUGGGCAUCAACAUCAACUUUCGGAGGCGCAGCAGCAUUGGGAGCUGGAGUCGGGGCCACAGCCGCAGGACACACUCUACACAGCUCGACCCCCGCACCCAGAUACUCCGAGGAAAAGCCACCCCAACACCAUCAGUAUAUUGACUCAAAAAUACCGGAAAGUAACGAGAUGCCGACAAACGCCAAUGUCUGGGAAAUCGACGGCAGAGAGAUGCCACCGCCUAGUGAACUUGACGCUGGGAAGAGAGAUGGAUUGAACUUGGGGAAUGUAGGGAGUACUGCAAAUACACAGGGACAAGGGCAGAGUCAGCAGCAGGGGUAUGUUGCAUAUAGAUCGCCGAGUGUAGAGAAUGGACAGGCGAAUUGGAGUGGGCAGAAUGGCGAGUUUUUGGGUAAUAGACCGGUUGGUCAGGCGAUAUGA